AUGGGUGAGGACAGUGACAUGGGUGAGGACAGUGACAUGAGUGAGAAGAGUGACAUGAGUGAGGGCAGUGACAUGAGUGAGAAUAGUGACAUGAGUGAGGACAGUAACAUUUGUGAUGGUGACGGUAACACUAAUGGUGCUGACAGUAACAGCUGUGAUGCUGAUAGUAACCUUAUGGUGCAAAAAGUAACAGUUAUGGUGCUGACAUGUCCCCAUCCUGGACAGUGUCCCCAUCCUAAGCAGUGUCCCCAUCUAGACAGUGUCCCCAUCGGUGUCCCCAUCCUAGACGGUGUCCCCAUCCUAAACGGUGUCCCCAUCCUAGACGGUGUCCCCAUCCUAAACGGUGUCCCCAUCCUUGACGGUGUCCCCAUCCUAGACGGUGUCCCCAUCCUAAACGGUGUCCCCAUCCUAGACGGUGUCCCCAUCCUUGACGGUGUCCCCAUCCUGACAGUUGUCCCCAUCCCAGAUGGUGUCCAUCCUAGACGGUGUCCCCAUCCCAGACGACGGUGUCCCCAUCCAGACGGUGUCCCCAUCCCAGACGGUGUCCCCAUCCCAGAUGGUGUCCCCAUCCUAGAUGGUGUCCCCAUCCCAGAUGGUGUCCCCAUCCCAAACGGUGUCCCCAUCCCAGAUGGUGUCCCCAUCCCAGACGGUGUCCCCAUCCUAGACGGUCCCCAUCCUAGACGGUGUCCCCAUCCUAGAUGGUGUCCCCAUCCUAGACGGUGUCCCCAUCCUAGACGGUGUCCCCAUCCUCGAGAUUGUCCCCAUCCCAGACGGUGUCCCCAUCCUAAACGGUGUGCCCCAUCCCAGACGGUGUCCCCCAUCCUAGACGGUUGUCCCCAUCCCAGAUGGUGUCCCCAUCCCGAUGGUGUCCCAUCCCAGAUGGUGUCCCCAUCCCAGACAGUUCCCACCCUAGACGGUGUCCCCAUCCUAGACGGUGUCCCCAUCCUAGACGGUUGUCCCCAUCCUAGAUGGUGUCCCCAUCCCAGAUGGUGUCCCAUCCCAGAUGGUGUCCCCAUCCCAGACGGUUGCCCCAUCCCAGAUGGUGUCCCCAUCCCAGACGGUUGUCCCCACCCCAGACGGUGUCCCAUCCUAGACGGUGUCCCCAUCCCAGAUGGUGUCCCCAUCCCAGACGGUGUCCCCAUCCCAGACGGUGUCCCCAUCCCAGACGGUGUCCCCAUCCCAGACGGUGUCCCCAUCCCAGACGGUUGUCCCCAUCCCAGACGGUGUCCCCAUCCUAGACGGUGUCCCCAUCCUAGACGGUUGUCCCCAUCCCAGAUGGUGUCCCCAUCCUAA